AUGUCGACCUUUACGUGGGAGGAAAUAUUACGUGGCGUACACACCAUUCAAGAGGUGCGCUACGCUAUCGCGGCGAUGUACGGCUUGCAGCUCUACGAGUGGUUCGCGUCGUUCGAUAAGGAGGUUAAUCUUAUCCACCAAGCGCGGUGGUCCUCUAUAAAGGUUGCAUAUCUCCUUUGCCGCUAUUAUCCUCUCUGUUUCUGGCCGGUAUUCAUGUGGGCCUAUAUCGGGAAUCACAGUUCAGAAGUGUGCGAAUAUGUCUUAUGGCCCAUUCAUGCUUUACUUGCACCAUUUCUAUUUUUCUCUCAAGGUUUGAGUCUUGCCAAGUUCACCAAGGAUUUAGCAUCUUAUUUCAAUCCAGCUGUUAUGGUGAUGAGAGCUUACGCAUUCUCUGGGCGCAAUAGAUGGGUAUUGAUACCUCUUGCAACAUGUUACUCAGGCCUACUUGCUGUGGACAUCUGGGCUUUCUGCAUUGACAUCAAACCCAUACCUCCGUCCUUCUAUACCCUCAUCGGUAGAACUGGCUGUUUCCCCAACUAUGGCGAUCAGGACAGGGCUGACGCAAUUGGGUAUUCCAUGCAAUGUCGGAAAGCGCAAAACAGGGAGGUCUCUCUUGCACGGUACUUCAUCAGUCAAGGUCUCUCUUCGUUUGGCUUUAUUGCCUUCACAAAUGCAACAACUGCCGUAUGCUUCUUCCGCCGGAAUCAUGGUGGUCGUGGUGUUGGCUUACCUUUGGUCCUUGUCUCAUCAAACCUCGUUGCUUGCAGAGUGAUCCUGCUCUUGCGCCGAAAAGCGUCCCCAACGCAAUCCGAAAUUUCACGGAGAAACUCGAAUAUUGUUCAUAACGCCUUCAAACAUUCCGACGUAUGGACCAUGGAUCCCGGAGAAUAG